CCGAUAAUACCUGUCACUACUGAUCGGCCCAUAAGUAUUAAUAUUAAUACUUCAAACAAAACAUUAAGUGAUCGCCUGUUGGAGCCGUUGAUGGACUCAUUGCCGAAACUGUUUGUCGAGGACUACGUCCAGAAAAUACUAAUGACGGGAGAAAUGAAUGCCGAAAACAUACGCUACGGACAAAAGUACUGGAAGCGAACUAAACACGUGAUGCUCAGAAUGGGCAAAAAACUGGGCAAAUAUUUGGACAAUUUUGAACAAUUAUUGGGCGGCAUUAGCGACGAUAUACUAAUGCACGCGCCCACCGAUACGCUCAUUAAUAAUCAUCUAGUAANAUACUAA